CGUCAGUCAGGGACCAGGGAGCCGGAGAGCGCUCCUUUGAACGGUGGCAUCGCGGUCGAAAUGUGAUUUCAAUGCCUGGGGCUGGGUUUGAAGCUAAACCAGACUUUGCGCUUCCGAUGAUGCUUGGGAGGGGUGGCAGCGAGGAACAUCCCUGGGACUGGAGGAAACGAAGAUGCCUGUUCAACACACACACACACGCACACACACACAACGCACACACACACAGACACACACACACACAGACACACACACACACACACACAGACACGCACACAGACACACACACAGACAGACACGCACCAGACACGCACAUACACAUACACUGGACCGUACGCGAUGCGAUGAUACCCGCAGCACUGACAGCUGGGCGACAGCUGGGCAUGGGCUUGGACCUUGGACCUUGUCGCCCAAACACAAGAAGAGGAAUAAAUAUAUCGUCACCCAUAAAAAAAGCACAUACUGACUGCACGGAUCCAAUGCCGUGCCCUUCCAGAAUACGGGGGCCGUGCUCAACUAAACUCCUUCUCGAUUGCAAUCGUGUGUGUGUGUGCAAACAUGUCAACGGCUGAUGGGCGUCGUGGCGUUGCAUGGUCAAUCCAUUCUCCAUGGUGCGCCGCCGCCGCCGCCAACGCCGCCGCUUCGUCUUCCAGGUUUCCAUUCCUGCGUCGC